CAGACCUUAGCGCCCAGUUGGAAGGUCUGACAUGCAAGCUCCUGACUGGCUAUCCAGGCUCCAGUUGAGAUGGGGAAUAUUUCCAUCACCCCAGAAAGUUCCCUGUGCUCCUCCCAGUCAGUGCCCCACCUUGCUUCCCAGGCGGUCACAGUCCAGGUGGCUGCGCCUUCUUAGGCCUGCGCUGAACCACCGGUCCGGCUCUCUCCUGCUCAGUGUCCCCAGGCCUGGGUUUCCAGCCGUGACGCCCUGGCCAUCGUCUGCACCCUGUCUCCAGCUACCUGGGACUCUGCUCUGUACCUCACGCUUUACCCUCUUUCCUCUGGCUUGAUCACGCUGGCACAGGGUCAGCCCGUGGGACGGGAGGCGCCACGCUGAGGGCAUGCCAGGCAGACCUCUGCGUUAUGACCCGGCUGCUGGGCUACGUGGACCCCUCGGAUCCCUGCUUUGUGGCUGCUAUCCUCACCAUCACUUUCAACCCGCUCUUCUGGAAUGUGGCCCAGACUUGCCCCUUCUUCCUGACGAAAGGGGGGGGGGUCUGCUCUUCUCCCUCCAAAAGCCUGGGACUUCUCGAGUAUCCUGGUGGCGAGCACGGAACUCAUAUGGGUCCCGGUGAGGCCCAGAAGCCCCUGCUGUCUAGGAAAGCCUGUACCCUCCUGCCUGUGCCCACCCCUUCCCACCCGGCCUGGGCUGGAUGCCAUCAGCAGGGUGUGACUCGUUACCAGCCACCGGUUCUCGAGGUGGCGAGAUGGGAACAGAGAACCCGCAAGCUGAGCAAGGUCUUCCGAUCCCCCUACCUGGCCUGCUACUCCCUGGGUGCUGCCAUUUUGCUCCUGAACGUCCUGCGCUCGCACUGCUUCACGCAGGCCAUGCUGAGCCAGCCCAAGAUGGAAAGCCUGGAUAACCCCACGGCCUACCGCGUAGGCCUUGCGCUCCUGGGAAUAGGCAGCACGUUUGUGCUUUCCAGCUUCUUUGCACUGGGCUUCACCGGGACCUUCCUAGGCGAUUACUUCGGGAUCCUCAUGGAGGCAAGAGUGACCACAUUCCCAUUCAACAUCCUGGACAACCCCAUGUACUGGGGCAGCACGGCCAAUUACCUGGGCUGGGCCAUUAUGCACGCCAGCCCCACCGGCCUGCUGCUGACUGUGGUUGUGGCCCUCAUCUACAUGGUCGCCAUCCAGUACGAGGAGCCCUUCACCGCUCAGAUCUACCAGCAGAAAGCCUCCUCGUCCCGCAAGAGGAGCUGACCGGGCCUGCGGCCACUUCACUGAGGGUCUGCCGCCCCGGCCUGCCCCGAGUGCCAAGCCCUGCGGUGGGGAGCAGAGCGACUGGCCGCGGCUCCGUGUUUGCGCCUGAUGAGGGCCGCUCAGUGCCUUGGAAACCUCUGCCUUGGGGGCCCUGGACAUGCUGCCGUUUGGCCACUGAGCCCCCAGCCCCGCUGCCCCCAAAACAUCCUAACUCAACAAUAAAGGCACCCUGACGCCAGCA